UUUGGGUACUCUCUCCCCUUCUUUCAAUGCAAAUUUUCUCUCUCAACUACAACUCUCUGGCCUCCCUGCACCUGCACAUCUUCUUUUGUUUGUAUCUUCUUCCUCUGUUUUCAUUCACUUUUCUCAGGAAAAAAACCAGAGGAAAAUACCCAUUCUUGAUAUGAAAAAGAGCUUAACAUGAUGGAAGGAAUCAAAGGAGGUAAGGUUGGGGUCGGAGAAGAUCAUGACAUGGGUGAUGGAAUGCAGUGUAGUGAUCAUCCUUACAGAAACAACCCAGGUGGGAUCUGUGCAUUUUGUCUUCAAGAAAAGUUGGGAAAGCUUGUUUCUUCUUCUUUUCCUCUACCCAUCCAUGGAUCAUCCUCCUCUUCUUCUUCCCCGUCUUUUAGAUCUGAAACCGGUGUUGUUUCUUCCGGUUAUGGUAAUGGUGGUGUCGUCAACGGUCCAUCUUCUUUUUCCUCUGUUUCUGGGUCUCUCUCUGUUCGUCCUACAAAAGGAAAUGAUGAUAGUUAUAAUGAAUAUUACACGAGGAGGGCGAGGAUUCCGUUUCUGUUGGCCAAGAAGAAAAAGAAGAUGAUGGUGGCGUCGGCGGAUCAUCCUGCUGCGGAUGUUGUAUUCAAGAGGAGCAAGUCUACCACGACGCCCAGGAGACCUGGCGCUGCCGUGUACUAUGAAGGGGAGGAUUUUAGCCCGAGGAAACGAGGUGGGUUUUGGUCGUUUCUUUAUCUUUCUUCUAGGUCCGCUGCGCACUCCGGCAAAAAACCGGAAAAGAUUGCAUCUUUGGCGCCAGAAGUAACAGGGUCGAGGUCGGCGUCCUCUGUUUUGAAACAGAGAGAACAAUGCUUGGGUGGUUCGUUGUCUUUGGCCAGAAAAGGAGGCAUUGUGGUGGUGGAGGAAGACGACAGUCCCACCAGCCAAACCACCGCCUCCUCCUUUGAACGGAAGGUGUCGAGAUCCAGAUCCGUCGGCUGUGGAAGCAGGAGUUUCUCCGGCGACUUCUUCGAGAGAAUCUCAACUGGGUUUGGCGAUUGCACUCUGAGGAGAGUGGAGUCACAUAGAGAAGGCAAACCCAAACACCCUUCCACGUCCGCCGCCGCCUCGGCCAUGAAAGAAAGGGUCAAAUGCGGUGGCAUUUUCGGGGGGUUCAUCAUGACAUCUUCAUCCUCAUCAUCCUCUUCCUCCUACUGGUUAUCAUCCUCAGCUGAAGAAAUGAACGGAAAAGUAACAGCAGCUCCACUGGUCCACGGCCGGAGCAAGAGUUGGGGGUGGGCAUUUGCUUCUCCCAUGAGAGUUUUCAGCCACAAGAACGGCAAAAGAUCAGACACAACCACCAUUAGAGAAGCUAACAAUAAGAAUACUACUCCAAAUCUCUCUGCAAUUCCUUCAUUGUUAGCUGUUAGAAGCUAAAGGGAAAUACACAUUAAAUUUGCCCAAAUUUACCUGUUAUUAUUUCUAUGUUAAUUUCUUUGAACCCUGUUCCAUUAGUCAUGUUAUACUUAUUAUUUUCAUUUUAAUCCUGUUUCUAUACAGAUAAUUCUGCAAAUAAUCCUGUUUUUAGGUUUUCAUCACUCUGUUUCAUUAAAACCCAGAUGGGUUUUGGGAAUUUGCAGUAAGGAAGAAGAUGUGCAAUUUCUUUUUCUUUUUUUUUUCUUGGGUAAUUAAAUAUGUAUUUAUUC